AUGGCCUCAUUGUCUAUUGGAGAAGCCCACGACACGAUGAAGACUUUACCUCUAAUCUUGACUUUGACUGUGGCUUCGUCGGCGCUGGCGUCCCCACAGUUCUUUACUACCAAUACCGAAAGUGACGCAGGCACGACCACAUGUAUCACUUGGACUUUCCUGGAUGGCUCUGUUACGACGAUUACUGCUCCUGGACCUGGCACUGCGACUGUUACACCUACGAUAACGGCUACGGCUUGGAACUGA